UGAUCUUUAUAAAAGAGCCCGGAUGGUGAUCAUAGCAACAGAACAAGCAAUAUGGCUGAGUCGGAGACGUUGAGCGUCGACACGAGUAAUGAUACUGGUGAAGAUCCUUUAUUAGAGCUUUCCGAUGAAAAAUUAUUUCAAUUAGUUAAUGAUACAAUAGAAGACAAUGAAAUUCUUACGGCCGAGACCCAUAUGUUUGAAAAAUAUCUCAAAAGAGUCGAACCUAAAGGAGAAAGUGCUAAUCUUUCGCAAUCCUUACAUCCUGCUGGGGGAUUGGCUCCUUCAACCUCUACUCAAGAAUUACGUGGUAUGGGCAGAAAAAGAUCAAAAUCUCGUAGCAGCAACAUUGACCGCUCACUGAAACUUACAGCUGAACAAAAAUGUGAUAUUUCACAGAGAGAGAUCGAGGAGUUAAGAGAAGAUAAGGAAAGAGUUCGUGAAGAUUCAGAAAGGGUUUUAGAUAAUUUUAAGGCUAUAAUGGAAGAAGCUGAUUUAAGGUUAGCUGAAAUGAAGAAAGAAUAUUAUGAGUUUGAGCGAGAUAUAGUGAAAGGAGCCGUAAAUACUAGAACUAAUAGAGUAGUUUCAGAAAAGGUUAUUCGUUAUUUUGAAGAUAAACUAAGAUCAAGGGAUACACUUAUUGAAAAAUUAAGAUUAAAGAAUUCUACAUUAAAAGUACAGAAAAAGAAGUUACAUCUGCAACUCAAACAGAAAGAAGAAAUGGGAGAAGUACUGCAUGAAGUAGAUUUUAAUCAGCUAAAGAUUGAAAACCAGCAAUAUCUAGAGAAAAUAGAUGAAAGAAACCAGGAUUUACUGAGAUUAAAAAUGAUGGCCGGUAACACAACUCAAGUCCGUAAUGCAUAUCAGAAAAAAUUACACACUUUAGAAAAAGAAUCCGAAAGAUUAAAGUCUGAGAUCAGUUCAAGAAUUGAUUUGUUAUCAAGAAUUGAUAUAGAAACUACAGUUGUUGAACAGGAAAGAGUGAAAGCUGAGAAGAUCAACAAGAAUUUACGUCAACAAUUAACUGAUUACAAGGUACCAGCAGUUAUGGAAUAUGUUACAGAAAAGGCUGAUCUGUAUGAUCUUCAGAAAAAGGUCAAAAGUUGGGAGCGAAAAGUCGAAAUUGCAGAUAUGGCGUUGAAAACGCAUCGUAAAACGUGGAAACAGUUGGAGAUUGGAAGUCAGAUGGCUAAUCAGUGGCGUAUGGUGGAACCAUUGUAAUUAAAGUGACAACUUCUACAACUUGUCUGUAGUUGCUUCUUGUUAUUAUGGAUUUAUUGAUGUGAUAAAGCAAGAUUUAAAUACAGAUCCUCUGCAUUGUUAUUUUUGACAACCACUUUAAAACUUAUUCUAAAUACAGAUAUAUGUUGUGGUGUAUCACUAGGUCUGUAAAGUAUAAGGCUGUGAGGGCUGUUUUAAAAUAUUUUUGUAUAUAUAUACACCGUAUGUAUAAAGCUGUACACAUCAACAAUAACACUGCAUGUAUAAUUUACAUUUGUAGAUAUGAGUUUUUACUAACCUUCUAUUGUGUUAUUUGGGUGAUUCUCUCAAAAUUUUCACUUUGUUUUAUAUGAAUCUGUUUUAUAUGAAUCUGUGAUAUUACAAGAACUGUAGAAAUGCUUUUAAAGAGAUAUACACAUGUGGUUCAAUCAGAUUACAAUGUUAGGCUGUAAUCUGAAAG